AUGGCCCUUCGCUUGACACGGAGCGGAGUUGUUUGUGCACGGAGAAGAUGGCUUCCCUUGGCUUUGCUUGCGUACUGCCUAUCGUCAAAGGCGUUUGUACCACCAGGGGGCAGCUUGACCAAGUCGCAGACAUCAGCUCCGCGAGAAGGCGCGGCGGUGGUGCGAGCGGGGAGUGGCACGGAUCUGCUGGUGCGUGAGGAUUUGGCCUUGGAGAGGAUUGAGGAGGACAUUUCUCAGACCGAGAAAGGUGAGGAAGAUUCACACAAGUGGAACCUCUUAGUGUUGGCCCUUUUCCUGUCCUACGCUCUUUGUGAUUUAGACAAGGUGAACCUCUCCGUGGCCGUGUUACCCAUCCAGGACCGUUUCGGUCUCUCAGAGGCGGACGUGGGCUUCGCCAGCAGCUCCUUCUUCUGGGGAUACAUGUUGACUCAAUUGCCUGGCGCCAUGCUGAUCCAAAACGUGCCUGGCGGUGCCUUUACGGUGCUGGGCCUUGGCGUGACGAUCCAAUCGCUGGGAACCUUGGGCACUGCUACGCUGCAGUACCUGACUGAUCCGCAGGCUGCCUUGUGGUUGCUUUGCCUCUCCCGCGCCUUAGUAGGCCUCGGUGAAGGCCUGGGUGUUCCAGCCGUGGGUGCUUCGCUAGGUUUCCUGCCAGAAAGCCGCCGUUCGUCCGGCACGAGCAAUGUAUAUGCGGGAUCAACAACAGGUGUUGGACUGGGUUUGCUGCUGUGCCCCUUCCUCAUCGAUCACUUUGGAUGGCCCUUCGUCUUUUGGGCGUUCGCAGCAGCAGGCCUCCUGUGGACCGGCUGGUGGGCUGCCAUCGCACCCAGCCUGGAGACCGACCGCGACAGCCUCGCGACCGCGACAGCCUCGCCACGUGACAGCGAAGGAGACGUGCCCUGGCAAGAGAUCUUGCAAAACCCCGGCGUUUGGUCGGUAGUGGCUUGUCAUGCUUUGAGCAACAUCGCUUUCUAUUCACUGCUCACAUGGAUGCCAACAUUCUUCAGUCGAGGAGUGGGCCUGAACAUCGAGCUCGCCGGCUUUUGCGCCUUCCUUCCGUACCUCUUCGGCGCUAUCGCCAGCGUUGGAGUCGGUAAACUCGCGGAUAAGCUUUUGGAGGAUGGCUGGGAGCUGUCGACUCUGAGGAAAGUCUUCCAAGGGGUGGCCUUCUUUGGACCUGCCGCGUGCAUGCUGCUGAAUGCCACCCUGGGACCCUCCCUAGGAACAGUCUCGCAGGUUGGGCUCUUGAUUCUGGCCACAACGCUGAAGGCGGGUGACCGCUGUGGGCUCUUCUGCACACAUGCAGAUUUGAGUCCUCGCCAUGCUGGAGCCUUGUUGGCUUUGUCUUCCACCGCAGGAGCGAUUGCGCCUAUCCCAGUGAUCGAAUACAUCGGCCAUCUCAUUGACACCACCGGCUCCUUCUCCAUGGGCCUCUUUGUGCCGGUGGCUGUAGCACAGAUCCUGGGGGGGCUGAUCUAUGUCACGACGGCAACGACGGAGCGCCAAGACUUUGACGGAUAG